AUGCAGCGCUUACAUUCAUAUGGAGCAAGGAAGGUGGCUAUAUUUGGCUUGCCGCAGCUAGGGCAAGUCCCAGGAAUAAAGAGAAGUUCCAGUGUGAACUCUUCUAUGGUCGACGCUGCAUCCCACCUAUUCAGCAGCAAGCUACUUCCCCUUGUCACUAGCUUGAAUCGACAAUUAACCGGUGCAAAGUUCACUUACAUAAACACCACCGGGAUCAUGACCACGAGUACCCCUUUUAUCAGCUGCUGCAAGCUGAAAUCGGAUGGCUCCUGCAUCGAAGGUAGCGCUCCCUGCCUCUUGAGAAUACGUUAUGCCUCGUUCGACGGAUUCCAUCCUACGGAAGUGGUGAAUGUGGCCUUUGCGGCAAAGGCAUACAAUAAGUUGUCACCGUCACACGCUUCUCCUUAUGACAUCCGCCAACUUGCUCUGCUCCCAUAA